GCAGGGAGGAAAUGUAUGCAAAUAUAUUCAGAAAGGGAGCUGGUGAUGCUAAUAGGCUUGUUAAUCCUCUCGGAAAGCACCAGGAAUAAUAUUUUUACACUUUGGUCGUUAAGGAUUUUACUCCAAGCAAGCCCAUAAAGAGAGAGAGAGAUGUGUAGGGGUUGGCCACAGGUCAUGGCUGGGGACAGGGAGGGCAGCAGCCAGAGCCAGCUUUGGGACAGGAGCAGGCAGGAUCACACAAUCCAAGGGUAACCAAAUUAGACCCACAGCCAGAUGUGAUUUGCUCAGGGACAAGGAGACAAAUUACAGCUUCCAUUUGGUUGUACUAAAGCAGCUUUGAAUUAGUGAUUAGAUAUUGACUAUCUAAUUGCUGGAUCUUGAUGCAGAGGUCCCCCUGCUGCUGCCAUGAGAUCUCCCUGCAUAACUGCUGCUCCAAGGACAAGGUUCAUCCAAAACAAGCUGGUCACCCAGCUUAAUAUGUUUUCAAAUAUAUUAAAAUUUUCUAAAACUCACUACUGAGCUCCUUUCUGUGAAAUCUAUAAAACCAGCAGCAACUACGUGCUUCUUUCACUCAACACAUUCCCUACGUUUUUUGUAACCCUCUGGAAUCCAAGAUUUCCCUCCAGGAAUCCAGGAUUAAUAUUUCCAGUGAAGUUUGUUUCAAACCAGCCCUUGGGAGGAUCUUUUCUUUCUCUGGGGCUGUACUCAGGGAUCCACACUGCUCCAGAUAGGGCAUCUGAAGAAAGGGGUGUCUGGUGGGGCAGACACCAGGGAAUGGCUGUCCAUGAAGAGCUGUGGAAGAGCUGCAAUGGCUUGAUAAUUCAAAUAUCUCUCCACUUCUUUGGCUGCAGGAGCCAAGGUGGAGCACUGGUGAGAAGGUGCUGCAGGUGGGAUGAGGCCUGGAAGGGCAGAGAGCAGAAGGCUGCCGACUGGAAGCAGGACAGAGGUUACUGCACCCGUGGCGAAUAUUCCUGGAAAGCCUGGCUCUCGCCGGAGGGUGUGUCCUCAAAGCCAGAGGAUGGGAAUCCUGUUCCCUCUGCCUUUUCCCCUUUAACCACACUUCCGUGUGUAACUUGAGACAAGCAGGGAAGAAAAAAGAGGAAGGGAAAAAAAAGAGAAAGGGAAAAAUAGCGCAGUUAUUCCCGCCUCUGCCUCCUCCUCUCUCUCCUCCCUGGCCAGCCAGGAGCCACGUCACCGUCACCCAGCACUGGCUUCGGGGCUGCUCAGCCUGGAGAGCUCUCCGGGAGACAAACUCCAACUUUCAGCCCAAAGCAGAGAGAGGAAGGCCCUGGGCUGGGAAAGGGAGAAUCCACCUCGGUGGAAAAGUAAACAAGGGAGACAUCCAGCCUGGCAGGGGAAAGGCAUCUGCAGCCACAGGACAGGGGAGACUGAACUUUGUGUUACGAGAAGGAAGGGCUCCGUGCUCAGGGAAAAAGGAAAGUUGAGCUGAAGGAGACUGUUCAUUCAGCUGAGGCGCGGUGGAGAAAAACUUCCCGCCCUCGUCUUCCCUGCCUGCAGAAAGAGCCCCACUCCCUCCACCCCAGAGGAGUCUCCCCCGCACCAUGAACAUCUUCCGCAUCCUGGGGGAUGUCUCCCACUUGCUGGCCAUCAUUAUUCUCCUGAUGAAGAUUGUGAAGUCCAAGUCCUGUGCUGGAAUCUCUGGGAAGAGUCAGAUACUUUUUGCCCUCGUCUUCACAACCCGCUACCUGGACCUGUUCACGAAUUUCAUCUCUGUCUAUAACACUGUGAUGAAGGUCAUUUUUUUGAUUUGUGCCUACGUCACCGUGUAUAUGAUCUAUGUGAAAUUCCGGAAAACAUUUGACAGCGAGAAUGACUCCUUUCGCCUCGAGUUCCUCCUGGUCCCUGUCACAGGCCUGUCAUUUCUGGAGAACCACAGCUUCAUCCCCUUGGAGAUACUCUGGACCUUCUCCAUCUACCUGGAGUCCGUGGCUAUCCUUCCUCAGCUCUUCAUGAUCAGCAAGACAGGGGAAGCAGAGACCAUCACAACACACUACCUUUUCUUCCUGGGCCUCUACCGUGCCCUCUACAUUGCCAACUGGGUCUGGCGCUACCACACAGAGAAUUUCUACGACCAGAUCGCUGUCGUUUCCGGGGUGGUACAAACCAUCUUCUACUGUGACUUCUUCUAUCUCUACAUCACAAAAGUCCUAAAAGGAAAGAAGCUAAGUCUUCCCAUGCCUGUUUGAAGACAUCCCACAGGCAGCACAACAAAUUCUAAAGAUGAAGCUGUUUAAGAUCACAGCUUUCCUUCCCUGGCCCUUUUUGACUAACGGAUGGCUCAGCUGAGUUUCAACCCAGUGCCAGGAAGACAGGGCUUGGAAUGCUUCUCACCCAUCAGACUCUUCCCCUCCAUUUUUUUAUUUCUUCUCACUUGAAUUUGGUGCUAGUGCUGGCCAAUACUGAAGUAGUGCAAUUUCUUCUCUCCCAGCUCUUCCCAGCAUCUACAUUCAGAACACACCUCCACCCUGACCCUGAGGCAGCACAAGGGAAAAUGUCACUCCCACUAGUCCUUCAGCAAGUGCCCAUGGUAAAGGGAACAUGUACCGAAUAAAGUGUGUUAACUGACCCCUUUCACAGGUGGCCAUGUCUGACACAGCAGAUGCUAUAAACUGUUACUUUAACUCUGUAUGAACACUCUCUUUAAAAUUAAUUCUGACUGACCUUCUCUCUAUUCAGGCCCUGUAACAUUCAAGAAAAACACAUUGCCUUUGAAUAACAUAAAUCUUCUAAUUCCACAAGUAUUCAAACAUCCUCCCCACUCACUUAUUUUCAGUUUCCUUACGUUCUACGAACAGGGACAAUUUCAAAUACAAUUCAGUGGGUUGCCAAGAAGUUUGACUCCUUGAAUUUGACUUCUAAGAACUGGGAAGAACAGGGGCAAAGACAGCUUUACAU